AAAGGAAAUGACAUUGGCGAAUAUGGCCACACGUCGGAAACAGUGGCUAAAAUCGUCAUGCUGAGUAUCAUAGAUCUGGCCGUUGUGUUCGGAAACAGCCUCGUAAUAGUUUCAGUCAUAACGACCAGGAAACUCCGUACAGUGACGAACAUAUUUAUCGUCUCGCUGGCCUGCGCGGAUCUACUUCUUGGCUUUGCCGUUCUUCCUUUCUCAAUAUCGCUCGAGGUGGACGAAUGGUUAUGGGGACAGAUCUGGUGUAGUAUGUGGCUCGCCAUUGACGUGUGGCUGUGUACAGCCUCAAUUUUAAACUUAUGUGCCAUUAGUUUCGAUCGCUACAUAGCAGUCACACAUCCGAUUCGGUAUCCGACAAUCAUGUCUCCUGUGCGAGGUCGUUGGCUCGUCGCGUGUGUAUGGAUAUUGUCUUUUAUCAUCUGCCUGCCGCCUUUGCUAGGAUGGAAUGAUACGGGGAUGCCAAACAAGUCGUCUGCCUUUAAUGCGUUCCAAACAGAUUUUCCAUCAACGAAUCACUCAGGCUCAUCCUUUCCUAAUAUCACGGAUUUUCCCUCGGGAACGUGGCAAGAUUUAGUAUAUAAUCAUACUGCUGAUGAAUACGGGUUCUUCUCAAACAAUAGCGCAUCCGGACGAUGUGAAAGUAUGGCAAUUACAUGCGAAUUAACCACAACUGUUGGAUACAGAGUCUAUGCUGCAAACGGAUCGUUUUUUAUCCCUAUGCUGAUUAUGGUGUUUUUCUAUUUCCGGAUUUAUUUAACGGCAGUUAAAACUGCAACUGCAAUACGAAAAGGUGUCCUGACUACAAAAACAAGCAAUGAUAUGACUAAGCAUAACGGUAAUCUAGAAGAGGAAAUGCAAUUGCGCGUUCAUAUGGGUGGCGGCUCAUCACUGAGACGAAAGGGUUCCGAUAAAGCCAACGGCAAUCAUCAGCCUAGCAACGGAUCCCAAUCCCAACCACCUAAGAUAAGGUCGCAACCAUCGGUAAGACAAUCAAAUGGCUUGGCUGGAUCUAACGGUCGUUCCUAUUUGCUUAAUAAAGAAGAUAGUUGCCAUAGGAAUUGCAAAUCUGCAGGUUACACUAAUCUUUUUCUACCUGUGGCAAGGAAAAUAUGUAAAGCGAAUUUGAAUAGUAAACGUUUAAAACAGCACGAAUGUACCGAAAUGGAGGUAUUGAGUGGUAAGAAAGACACGAUAGCCGCCUCAAGUAAACGUUUAAAACAGCACGAAAGUACGGAAACGGAGGUGUUGAACGGUAAGAAAGACGCGAUAGCCUCUUCGAAUGACUUCAGUUGCCCAAAUGACACCAAUGUGAAUGGCCACACACGUCUCGCCCGUUCACCAAGACGAUGCAAACUCCUUAUCCGUGAGAGCAAAGCGAUAAGUGUUAAAGGCCAUGCAAGGAAGUUUCGACGUGAGGCGAAGGCCGCUAAAACAUUGGCAAUCAUUGUAGGAGCCUUUAUCAUAUGUUGGUGCCCAUUUUUUACCAUUUACCUCGUCGAAGCUUUCUGCUAUGACUGUGUUAGUGAACUCAUGUUUUCUGUAUUUUUUUGGUUAGGUUACUGCAACUCGGCUCUGAAUCCCUGCAUAUAUGCCUUGUUUUCGAGAGACUUUCGUUCUGCUUUUAAACGUCUUUUAAUGUGCCAAGGAAGAAAGAAGUUUACACAAGCUGCGCGCGCAGAUUUCGUGACGGGCCAUCGUAGCCGACAAAAUCCUAUACAACAAGACAAGGAAAGUGAAUCAGAUUAUUAAAAAUGC